AUCAGUGUAUCCACGUGUGUCCAAAUCUUUUAUCCCGUGUAGAUGUGUUGAUAUGCUGCUGUAGCUUUCGAUAAACACAGAUUUAACCCAGCUCAGGUCCGAAAUGGACGUUGCACCCGUUGGCAAAGCGGUAGCCCAGCCCAAGAAGAAACCUCGGCGACGAGGACCGCGACUCACGGGCGUAAGCAAGCAGAGGCGAGUAGCUAAUGCUAGAGAAAGGCGACGAGUGGAAAUCUUAAACAUGAACAUCCAAAUACUACGACAUAUGAUCCCUCUUCCGCCCCAAGAUAGGGAACCUUCCAAGACCGAAGUGAUUUGGCUUGCAGUUGACUACAUCACAGAGCUGACAAAAAUGCUGGAAACCGCUGAUAGAUGGCAAGCUGAGCUGGAAAGGGUUGAUGUGGACUCUCUUGAUAGCUCGUCUCUUGAUAGUCUUGACAGUUUAGAGGGCAGUCCACUUUUUAAUUUUGAAGGUGAGGUUUUUUUAGGAUAAAUCUCGAGUUAAAGGCAACUACGAUAGACAAGGAAUUGAAGUGCCAGUGGUUCAUGAGUAGGAUUGGCCGUAAAUGAAGGGGCGUCAAACUUUUGUCAAAGAACGUCUUCUGCUUGCUUCAACUGUUUUGUAAUCUUGGUUUAAACCCUAGGAAGCCGGCUUAGGAAGUAAUGGCUCAUAUCAUAACUCUUUAGGAAAAACAAUUUUUUAAAUAUUUUACUGCAAACUAGCCUUGUGAAUUUCUCUUCCCAAUCACCCCGAAUUGAAAAAAAUUACCGAUCUCAGGAGCAAUGACGCUGAAGAAUUUCCCAAAAUCAUAAACAAUUUUAUUUAUCGUUUCCACAGUGCGCUGCCUACGGGGUGCUUCUUGCUGUACAUAAAACUCAUGAUUGUUCAUGGUGUACUACUGCGAUAAAUGAAAGAAUCCCAUAGUUCUUCAGUUGUUCAAUCUAGUUCUUUCUAUCUGAUGAAUGGAAUUUCGUUGAGGACCGGUGCAUUCUAGUUAACGGACUGCUCUUUUGCUGCCACAAAUAUUUGUCUUCGUCUUCUUUGAGAAUGCGGUCGUGCGUGUCUCGCCGAUUUACGCUGUAAAAAGACGAAAAAUCAAUCAAAAUUGUUUUGUCAAUUAAUCAAAAUUUCUAAUCUAAUUUAGGUGGUUGGAAAAACCAACUAAUCUAGCAGAAGAACACUUCUAUCGUUGUCGGAUGUUCAAUGGUUUAAUUGUCUACGACAACUAUGAUUGAUUAAAUGACAGAAAACUUUAAUUUCUUUUUUUUACAGAAUGUGCCCCAUUGUCUUUCUGAGCCGGACAAGAACGGAGCCUAUAAUUAGAAAUAUCAAACACAACAUUUGAAGAACUGAGAGAGAGACUUUGCCUCAUAGCUUAGCUUCAGUUAGAACAACAUCUAAUAUGUUGAUAACGAGUAAUGCAAAUUUAAUGCAGUUGUCAUAAGUUAAUUGUUAAGGUCAUCAAAUAAAUAUCGACUUUUUGCAUAGGUUAACAACGAUAAUUUCAGUCAAAAUUACCUUGUGGGGCUUGCCCAUGAAAAUCGUCUCCGUCUAUUUUUUACUUGAUAUUCAAGUGUGAAUUACGUUUUAGGAAACGUCAAAAAAAGACACAUAUCGCAAUUUAUUAGAGUACUUAAAGCAGCAAGCAAUUAAGUGUGUAUGUACAUACGUACGUUAUAAGAAUACUGACCAUAUAGACGUCUUCGACGAUCAAAAAAGGAAGACGUAGGAGUAACCUAACUCUAUUUUGUCCUAUUUGGAAUUCAUAAGAGAGGUUUAGCAAAAACGGGUACAAUUCAUGGGUAGAUGUACGUUUAACAAUUGUCAAUAAAAGAUAUUGAAAGUUGUAUAUUAGACCACUUAGAGAAUGCUGUCUUGGGUGUUAACUUUAAUGACAUGGCUUCUAUAAGCCUCCAGUCAGGCAUACUGUAAUUUAUUUGAACAGAGUGUAACUUGACGUAUUUCACAUAACUGUUGUUCAAUUUUCCUCUUUCUAAAAUCCAAUUCGAGUGAACAAUCGGAGAACAAAAAGGGGCCAAAAUACGGUCACACAUUACGUAAUUUUUGUCUUAAAAGGAAUGCAAGGUUAUCCGAAUACAAUAAUAAUACAAUAAAUGAGUUAUUAAACUUAACCCCACAACUGAUAAUGCCUCUGGGCAGGGAACAACGUUCGAGAUAUGUGUAAUUAUUUAACUAGUUUUUUGAUUGCUGUAAUGACGCAGUUAAUUGAAAAGUAUCGAAAGCGUUUAUUUGCAUUCGGGGGGGGGGAGGGUUGUUUUUAUUAUUCUUACUGCGCAAAAUCAAUCACUGAUUAAGAAAUAGUUCGACAAAACUGGCCAUAAAUAACAUGUUGAUCAGAUAACAGCGAUAUCUAUCGCAUCUCGAAUUUUGUUAUAAAAUCAACGAUCGAUAACCCUUGUACUGACUUGUGUUGUUUUUUUUUUGUUCAAUAUACUUGAUUUGGGAUUGAGAACAAUGCGAAGGGACAUCCCACAGAGUCUCUGGGAGACUUAUUUUCAGAGUGAAUAAAUCAGUUGUUUGGUAAUGAUCCAUAAAUAGCCUUUAAAUUGACCUGCACUUGGUCUAAGCUACAUUCUUUCUUGAAAAUAGGUAGAACCUUAUACUUUGUAAUCAUGUCUAUCAAUCAAGUAAUAAUAAUAAUAAUAAUGAUUUUACUUCGUUUCAAUGUUUUAGGUUAACAGUUAGCUAACUGGGGACACUUUCUUACGUACUGACGCACUUAUCUAUUAGACCUAUUACAAGAUUUUUAAAUCAAUGACCUUACCUGAAACUAAGUAAGGAGAUGGAAAUUAAUGUACAAACUAGUUUUUUAAUUAAGCAGUGUAUAAUAAAUUGAUUAAAAGGUCGAGCCAUAGAAAAAUAUCACCAAUGUAACAGAUUAUUCUGAAGACACUUCUGAUGCACGACUCAGUAACUUAAGACUGAUAAGCUUAGCUGUAUUAACCAGAAUAUAUAAUUAUUGAUCUUGAGGCUUAAGAUUUUAUAAUCAUAGAUCGAUUUUAAAAUGCACCGGAAUAAUUGCAAAUCGGGAAUGUAUUUCCGGUGUAGUGAGAAUUACUGACUGCUUAUUUCGCCGUACUGAAGCGUUAAAUAAGCAGAGCACUAAAUCUUUACAGUAUUCACAGAUUCUUGUACUUUAAUUUCUUUUCGUUGCAUCAGUUAUAUCAUCCUUCUCACUUAAAAAGCCUAACUAUGCGCGAUCUCUUAGCAGGGAUAACUAACCUACUUAAACACUGAUGUCUUAGUAACAAAGCUGAGAAGACAGCAAGACCCCUUGGACGAAAGGCUCGGCAAAAUAUGAAGCGAGGGCAAAUCUUAGCAGAUAACGACAUUGGCUGAUUUCAGAGAAAGCAACCAAGUUUAAACUCUGAAUUCACCCGGGGGGGUACUCCUGGGAAUUCUUGGUGGGGGUGUGCUGCCCGGCUCCUCAAAUCCUGACCCGAUUUCAGACAAAAAAAUGUAAUUUUCCACACCCGUUUUCUGACUAGACCUCUAAAAUCCAUACCCGUUUUUAGACCUGGCCGUUAGGCAGAAAUUAUGUUAUCAUUACUUAGCCGUUAGAACGCAAACAAAAAAUUAUUCUGAAUCCAUUUCGAAUUCGCAUAUUUCUCUUUCUUUCUUACUCAUUUGGAAUUGAAACGACAAAUACGUUCAUACAUUCCGUAGUUCCCUCGAAAACCAUACCCGUUUUCAGACCAAAACGACCCAAAAACCCUAGCCGAUGGGGCGGUACAUAUCUGUAUGGCUUAUAUAAGGGAGUACUCCCCCCGGGGAAUUCACCCUUAAACAUUGUGCGCAAAUGAUUCUUCUUCCAACCAACAGCCAUCAAAACCCACAUCGGCAAGUUGAGACUGUUACUAAUUCAAAUUACCCAAAACGAUUAUGGUGAUUUUAAGCCUCACAAAGACAAAGUAUAUGGGUGGAGAUGACCAAUGUGUAGAUACAAGAUACGUCUCUAGUCACUAUAAAGAACGCGAGAGACGUCUUCAUUAGAACGUCUGGCUGUUAUGACGCAGUGCUUGUGGUCUUUGUGCUACACGAAUACCAUUUUAAGACGUCAGCUUGGAUCAGGCUUACGGUUCAGAAGUUAAAUUUUACUAAGACUUUUCUCUGGUUUAGACGCAGCCAAUGAGUAUGAUAAGUAAGUAAGAACACUUUAAAAAAAACAUACACCAGCUUUUCACAAGGGCAAGGAAAAAAUCGUUUUUGCUAGGUGCUGUUUGUCGUGAUAACAGGGCAUAUUUUGGACUGGCAUCGUCGUUUUAAACUGUUAACUCUCAAAAAUAACAAUUACUCCAGGGCAAAAACGAAAGGAACAGAGGUCUGUGUGGGGACACUUUCGCCAAUCGUACAUGUGCAUGCGCAAGGGAUUUUUUAAAUUUUGCGUAGUAAUUGCCAUUCCAAAGAGUGAAACGGUUCAAGUAUUCAUUUAGCACUAUCAGCAUAUUCUCAGUCUCACAGGAUGUCUUAAAGAAAGCCCCCUGCUGGAUGAUGUUUAAUCAACAUAGAAGACGGUAUAUAAAUAUUUAGGAAUGUAAGUGCGCCUUCCCUACAGACAUUUGAAUUGUCAACUUGCUUCAAUUAUUUUUAAGGGUUUUAUGUGGAAACUUUAUCGUUAAAACAGCAAAAUUGAUAUUAAACAGAAAAAUCACACUCUUAUUUUUUCUUUAGAUCUUUCUGGAGCUAACGUGUUCCAAUCUAUUUAUUUUGGUGGCAAGUUAUUUAUUGUAUUGGUCUUUUGUACUUUUGUUUGAAGUCAUUUGUGCCCUGUUGCCCUCAAAGACAGACACUUUAUUGCUUAU